ACACCAUUUUGCACCUAGAAAUUCAAAUCCCCCCCUCCCAGCUUUAUUUGUGAAACAAGUGUUCCAAAAAUUCCAAACUUAAAACACCCCCUGAAAAAAUUUCUGGGUGCGCCUCUGAAUGUGUCUAUGUGUAAUGUAUUAACAUUCUGACAAGCUUCAUAUCACUAUUGUUUUCAAACAUUUAAAGAGAUCAAUGAAAUGUUAAAAAUAAAUUAUUAAAAAUGAAACAAUUAUAACAUACCAUAAAAAUGAUAUGCGGUUUUCCGUUUUCAACUCCGUGGCCCGGAUUCGGAUAAAAUUGGGAUGCUUCAAAUUCCCAAAUCAAAUUUUCAGUUGUUUGCAUGGUGACUCUCAAAUUUUUCUUGAACUAUUAAGAAACAAAUAAUGACAAGUGACAAAUUUACUUUCAGACCUAAAGUGCAGACAAGUGACAAAUGUUUACUUUCGGACCAAAAAUGCAAACAGUAAAACUAACCUCAACUUCACUGUAGUGAUUUUUUUUAUUAUUAUAUAGCUGCAAUUGAGUACAGAAGAGCCCGGUGGCAAGCAUUCUCCCUACUUUUCCCGCACUCUUCUUCUGAACUGAUCCACACUCCCAGCCGACACACACUCCUCCUACAGCCUAUUCCAUCAUCAAUAUAAUUAGUUAUCCAUUAUUAUAAUUAAUAAUCGUGGGCUUUUUACGAUUUGUUCAUUUUCUUCAUAACUUCCAUCUGUCGACUCUAGAAGCUCUAAACAUGCUAAGAUUUUUUUAUUCUCACUAUUAUUGUUUACUACCGAAACGGCCAUUCUUAUAGGGCCCUUACACGAUCAAUAUUAUUGACAAAAGCAGUAUUGUCAAUAUAGUUGUUUACUUCGUGAGGGUACCAACAUCAAUAUCACCAUACCCUACACGGUCAAUAUUAUUGUCAAUAAUUUUAUCAAUAAAUGUGUAUCACAUGACAAAUUUAAAAACUGGAUGAUACUCAGUAAAGAAGAAAGUUUAGUUUAAGAUAUGUUCGGCUUGAUUUUCUGCAUGUUAAGUUGUAAGCAUUCUGUGUACAUUUGCAUAUUGUAAAAAAAAAUACAUAUUCAGACAUUAAACACACAACAAAUUUGCUACUCCUGGUAUAUUUGACAUUUUUUUUUAUAUUAAUAAAAAUUUUAGCUGUUGAAACAUUCACAAAAAUGUAGAAAUAAGUAAACAUAAAUAAUAAAAUUAUUUUAUAUUGUAUCAGUCCGAGAUCGGCUGAUUUAUUAAAAUUAAUAUCGGCAUAUCGGUAGAUCUGUGUAUCAGCUAAAUUUGUAGAUCGGCACAGUUCUAAAUUUAAGUUUAUCCUGUUAAUUAUCAUGGUUUGAUGGUGUGUAUAUGUAUGUGUGUGUGUGUGUAUGUGUACACACACAUGUAUAACCAAACACAAUUUUGUUAUUUACUGUGCUCGCAGUUAGGUAUAACUUGAUACCAAAAUCCAUGAGAAAAUUUCUUUGCUAUUAUUUUGAAAUGAUUUAAUUUGUUUAGCUACAUAUUAUUAUAGUUCAAUUAACAUUCUAGAAUUUCUUAAACUACAUUUAAUAAGACCAUUCAGACACAAUGGUGACUAGAUUCGAAAAUGUUACUAUUCAAUUUGAAAUAUUUGACCAACAUAAUCCACUGUUUUCACUCCCCUAGUCAGAAAAAAAAAACAGUUUUUUUUUGUUAUUUUUUUCUUUUCUUUCUUCUUCUUCAAAUAUUGAGGAAUAAAUUUUGUGGACUUUGUAUGUAUUAAGUUUUCUGAACAUUCUAAAAUACAUUUAUGAACUCUGAAAUCUGCCUAUACUUUUUUUUUUGCACCAGUAAAAUUUUAAGCUUUCUGUAACCUUGAGUAUAAAAUUAGUCUGUCAUUCAACAAAUAGAAAACAAACUACAGUUAAUUUUAGGUGUAAUUAAAUGUGCCUAACAUUGUACAAAUCGAUAUUUGUACACUAUGACCACAAUGAAAUCAGGGACCUUGUCUUCAAAACCCACUCGUUGAAAUGGUUACUAUAAUGAUCACAUUCACUGUAGCGAUUGGCUGGACAGGGCUUUAGUUUUGUAUUCAUACUCUCUGAAGAACGAGCAAAUAGUUGGAGAGUGCAGGAGAGUGAAGACUGGAAUAAAGUGGAAGCAGUUGAUGAUGAUGAUUCUCUGAUGUGCCAGAAUAGUGAUUCUAUAAUAGCCUUUGUACUAAUGUAUGUGAAUUUGGUAUAUUUUUAUUUUUGAAAACAGUUUUCAAGUUAUUUGUGUGGUUUUUAUUUCAGAUUGGAGGAAGGCCAAGUGCAACCACUUGUUUUGGGAGACAGUGGGUACCCAUGUAGAGAGUACCUGUUUACCCCACUUUUGAAUCCUGUGACAGAAGCUGAAGAGCGGUACAAUAAUGCUCACAAGAGUACAAGGAAUAUUGUGGAACGGGUGUUUGGAGUGUGUAAGAAGAGGUUUCCAUGUUUAAUGAAGGGUCUGGGCAACAGAAGAAACACAUGUACUAAAAUCAUUGUAGCAACUGCCAUUCUACACAAUAUUAGCCGUGCUGUGGGUGAUGUGGAAGAUUUUUCCGAUGAUGAAGAUGAUGGUGCUGUUCCUGUACGUCAUGUUCAGCAAGAACAGAACGCAAAUGGAAUGCUUUUGAAGCAAGCAUUUAUUGCACGUCAUUUUCAAUAGUAUGUAAUUAUUUUGUUCAGUCUCAAGUACCUGGAUCUUAUCCUGCUUUUAUUAUUAAUUGCUUUAUAUGCAUCAUGAAGUCAAGCCUAUGUCUACAUCUACAACCCAGAAUUUUUCCCUUGAUUACUUAAUGAACAUUAAUCUGCAGCUUUUGUUUCUUUACAUGUAAAUUUUUUUUUCUAAGACAGAGUUGUUGAUAAAGAGCUAGACACAGACAGAAAGGAAAGUUCUUGAGUGAAUGGAUAAGAAACUGUUAAUGUUCAGUAAGAUGUGGCAUGAUUGGCCAAGUAUGUGAUAUGUGUUUAAAUGUGAUGUUUGAUUGGUGUUAGGGCAAGUCAUGUGGUCACUUUCUUCAUGAAAGAGAAGGAAAUCGGCUGUGAGUCAUUGUUUAGGUUGGUAUUACAUUCUAGCAGAGGCUCCUAAAUAACAUUGAGGUGUAGGUGAAAGACGAUUCGGUUAUGUUUUGGGUUGUAUGACUUUUAAAGCAUUGCAAAACUGUUAAGGUAGAAUAGUUGAACACAGUUUGUUAGUGUGUGCCCAUAAGAAGCAGCACACGAGUCUUUGUUGUCGUACUGAACGAUGGAUGUCCUUCAGGUGUAUAGUGAGCUUACAAGCAAUAGUGUGAUGUUAUUUUGUGCAUAUUAAUCUCUGUUGAAUUUUCAGUACCAUUUUUAAGUAAGUUUCGUGCAGCAAACUCUGUUCUAAACCUAGAAGUGUCCUGGUCGCAAAUGACUGCCAUUCUGCUUUGUGAUUUCACAAGAAUAAUGAAUAUAUAUAUGGUUCAUUUUAAAAUAUUUUAUUUUUUAACAAGCAUCAUUGUUUCAAAAAAGUAUCAUUGAGCCGAGUAAAUAAACUUCAAUACACAGAACUUCACAUCAAACUACUGGUAACAUUUGACGAUUUAAUAAUUUUCAAGUGUUUGUGUUUUGUAAAUGCAAUUUAGAUAGCAGCUUGCUGGAGGAAGGUCUUCAAUUACAAUUUAAAUGUUUAUUUACAUAUUUAUGGAAUAAAUGAAUGAAGAACAGAAUGAUGUGAAGCAGCGGUAAAAUGUUUGACGUUUGAUAGGACCUAUGUUUAAAAUCCUGGUACAUCCAUUUAGAUGUUGGUUUUCAAAAUUUUCCUGAAAUCUCCAAUUCAUUCCCUGGAUUAAUUAACUUGUCGAGGAGAUGUAAAACAAAACCAGAGGUUAAAUUAAGAUAAUUUCCACAAGUAAAAUUUUGUCUGAUAAAGUAAAUUAUAUUUACAAAAUUUGGGUAGCAAGGUGAAUACAUUUUUUGUGAGUUAAAAUUGAAAUAUCUAUGUUAUGGUUUACUUUUUGGAAGUAUUUGUGUGGCAAUUACUGUGUUUUCAAGGAUGAGAUCAUUCCCCUCGAUAGUCUUCAUUUGAUUAUUAACUGUAUUAAUAUUUCUUACAUUUAUGCAUACAGUAUUUUGUUAGUACAUAGGAAGUUGUAUGUUUUGAACUGGUUUCUAACUCUGUUAAACGAACUGCAUUAGUAUUACUGUUAUGUUGUUUCUAUUUCCGUAUGUUUUGUAUUGUCUUUGACCUUGGAAUGUAAUACCAAUGCUGCAUCGAUAAAGGCACAAUUAAUAAUUUUAUAUUGGUUUGUUAGACAGUGUUCUUGCAAGCGAUAAUUACAAGUUUGGUUAUUUAUUAAAUAGUUUGUUUUAUCUUGUGAUUUCAGUAGUGAAAAUAUCACGCGUUGGUGAAUUAUAAUUUGUGUACAAAUUGUUGCAGUUUUGAUGGUAGUUAAUAUUAAGUUUUUUUUUAGUAGUUAGGUUAUAUUUCUCACAAUUUGUGUUUUGUUGGUUAAAUUAUUGUAAUUGGGAUGAGCAAUGUUUUUGUAUUAAAAAUUUUACUGUUUUUUGUAUAGCAAACAAUAAAAAGUUGUGAAUGUUACACCGCUUCAUAUUCCUUACGGAAUUUUAGACUUUCUGAAUGCAAUUUCAUGGUGCAUUUUUUGUGACAUAAAUAAGGAUCAGAAAAUUUUGAAAAACGUAAAAGAUGCGGAACCUGACUAGUUUCACUGCCUGUGAAAUAGUAAUGAAAUUAGGCAAUUUUUACACUAUAUACCUUAGUUUUCCACACAAUUUUGUGGUCAAUGAUGGUUACGUAGCCUGUGCUUUAGUUCAGCAACAUUUAAGAACACAUUUAUUGCAAAUUCAUCUUUCAAUGAGCAAUGUUUUUUGUCAUAGAUAACCACAGCCAUAAGCUUCUACUGUGGGAAAUGGUGGUAGAUUGAUAAUGACUGUUCACUUAUGGUAAGGUACAUGGUGCAAGAGUGUCAGUGUUUCUGUUUAUUAAUUUUUCUUGUUACAAGUACGCAUGACGAAUCUCAACAGUUAUCAAAAUAUUAGUUUCUUUUCUAAUUUAGAAUGCCAAUGCUAGUUUUCUGUUACCAUUUAUGCGAGAUAGUAGUGAAAUAAUUUUUAUUACUUGGGUGUUAAAAAUGUUUUGUGUGGUUGUUUUGAUAGUGUUUAUGAACAUUUUCGUACCAUCUUUAUUUGCUUUGAAGUAAUUAAAGGUAAAAGUCACAGCUUAUUGGAACUUGUUGGUGUAAAUUUAUGAAAUAAAUUGUAUCAGCAUGUAUAAACAAUAUCACAUUGUUUGCAGAAGGGGGCAUUGUCAUAAUAUUUAAGGUUUUUUUACCAGUGAUGAUUGUAGACUCUUGGAUUUCAGAAAAUACAAUUCAUUUUGUGACUUAAUCCCACUUAUUUUUAAAAAGACACAAAUUUCAAAUAAAACUUUUUGAGUUUGAAGUGCUGGAAAUGGUGCAUUGUUUAUAGCAAGCAUUUCUUUACGUUCUUAUGCUUAAGUGAAGUGUUUGCUAUGAAAAAGUUCAAACUUAUCCCAACAUAGCCAUGUAUAAUCAAACUACCAUGUAAUGAUAUUUGGUAUACCAGCUAAUUUUAGUUACAGUAAUAACUUUUGUUGUAAAGCUUUUUAAUAUUAGUUGGUAAAUUCUUGUAAAAAUAUUUGGAGAACCUUUAGAGAUUUCUUUUUUCAUAAGAAAUAAAUGUGUGGUCUCACUUAAAAAACAUACAAAAUGGGAUCUUAGUUUGUGUCAGUUUUUAUUCAUUUUGUAUUAUCAAUGGCACCAUUCAUGCUGUAGGCAACUUUUGAAUUCAGAAAUACUAUGUUUUUUUUUUUUUUUUUUUUGCAAAAUGCUAAUCUUUAUGGCCAUGGAAGAUUAUGCUGACAUGAAAGCCAGUUGCUUUGAGUGGGGUUUUUACAAUAAUAAUGUUUAUAUUCUAGUGAAUGAAUGGUCCCAGAUAACAUGUGACAAGAAAAAUUCAUUUUUAAUACAGUAAAUAAAGGAUGUAGUUACACAGAACUCUGAACUACUUCAAAUAAACAUGUAACUUUCGUGUGCGGUUAGUUACAGCCUGAACAUGUUUUGUUGGAGGCCAUUUCUCAUUCAACCUAAACGUAUGGCAAGUAGUUCUCUUCUACAUAAGCCUCUGAUUGGAUGUUGAGUAUAGAGAAUGUAAACAGUAUUUAGCAAAAAUUGCAAUAUGGAGAAUGUUUGUAUUAUAUUCUACCGAUGCAACAUUAUCUUCUGUAAACUAACACACAAAUAAUUUUGUUUCAAAGUCUAUUUUGCUAACGAUGAACUGUUAAAUCAGAUGUUUCUGCCCUGUAAAUAGAAAAAUAUAUUCAAAUGAAAAUGAUGCAGAUUCAUUUUAAAUCUCUGCUUGCAUUAUAUUCCAACUCACUGACAGAAAAUCACUUUUUUUCUAUAUUCAAAAUAGUGGGGAAGAGGUUUGCGAGCCUAAGAACUUUACUUUAAGCCGAGCUCGAGUGAGCCUACUUGAAAGUUCUCGAGCUUAGCUUUUGUGGUACAGUUGCACUUUUUUGAAAUAAUUUUUACCUUAAACUAAGUAAAAUGUUUGAAUAAAGUGUUAAAUUGAAGUGGGCUUAGUAAAUUUGGUAACUAUUUACAUUUUGUACUGCUAGAAAAAAAUUUUUACAUUGAAUCUUACCUUUUUCCGUUGGUUCAUUGUUCAUUAGUAACAUAUCAUCCAACUACAUAAUCACAGUUUACAAGCGUAUGUUGUGUAAAUUUAAGAUAUCUUUGGAAUAAUUUCAUUCUUGUAAAUUUUUCUGGAGUCCUUACUUAGCUUCAACAAACUUAGUGCCGAAAAUCAUUCUGUUUGAAAAGUACAUAUACAUUGUUUCAACGUUUCCACUUUUCCGCACAAAAAAUCUGAUAGAUUAUCAUAGAGUAUUAAAUUCUGUUAUUUAAUCCAUCAUGCUGUAAAUAAUUUGUUCUGCAUGUUCAGGAGUUAAAUUAGCUCUACGAUUGGAGAUGGUGUUUCCAGCAGAAGAGAAGAGUCUCUCGCUGGCAAUCUGUGUGGCUGGAAUGCUUAAGUAAUGUCUUGCCACUGGUGCUAACAAUUCUAAAUUUUCAUGAAUUAUUGACGAUGGUACGGGCUUACCUUGUGUUUUGGAUGCCUUGGUACUUUCCAUGGAUUCAAAAGCAGACCAAAUGCUGGAAGGUGGUCUAACAGCAACAUUUCCUUGUGUGAUUGAUACUUGAUACUGCAACAUCAGAUGUUGCUAAUGGUGAUGAUAGCUUCAUUUAUUGCUGUAUGUUGUGCACCUGAAGAUUAACUUCAUGUUCUUGAAGCAAAAUGGUUUUGAAUCGGGGAUCUAUAACCAUUGCAAUACAUUAUACCACAUUACUUCUGAAAUCAGGAAAUAAAACUAAAAGCUCUUUUUUAAACUUUUUGCAAAUAGUAUAGCUGCCUUAUGUUUGGCACUACUGAUGUGGCCCUCAAUAAUGCUCAGUAUUCCUUGAAAUAUGGGAAUUUUAAUGGACAUUGUUGGUUCAUUUGCAACACAUAUUUCAUGAGUUGCAUAAUCAAUGGGUUUUAACACAGUUACCAUUCACUUAACCAUCUUCCACUCAUUUGCGGUAAGAGAGUCCUUACCUCACUGUGUUAGGACAGCAGUGACUGGCUCUUUCUGUUAGAGUAAUCUUGCCAACAUUGAAUACUCUUUGUUCCAACGGGUAUCAACCAUCUGGAGGAGGUUAUUUUCUGGGUAGUUUAGCUGCUGCUGUUUAAGUCGAAGGGCCUGUCGAGAUAAUGUCCUGUGGUUAAAAUAGGAAACAAUUCCUCACACCUUUUUUUACAAGCAACGUUGAUGAUCCUAUUUCUUUUUUAGCAUCCCAUACAAUAAGCUGCAGUGUGUGCUAAGCAUGAGACAUGGCUGAAAAGUAAAGAUAAAAAUAGCACAUGUUUAGUUUUUAGUAUUGUCUGUCACCACAUAUACUGGGACUGGCAGAGAAUGCAGAUUCCACUUCUCCAGCAAAUUCAUCAACAUGCUCAAAACAUUUUCAGCAGUAUAGCUGCCUGGAAAGUGUGUUGCCAGAGCAUGAUUUCUUUAGUUUAAAUUGUUUGUCAAAAUAAUGUCAAGUAAAUGAGACACAACUCUCGACUGCAACAGAUGGCCAAAUAUCUGUAGUGAAAGAAUGAGAAUUCAGUCCUUUUAAAACAUCUCUUAGAUUUCCGAAUUCAAUAAUUUAAAGUGUUUUUCAUAAAGAUUUGAAAUAAUGAUCCUGGAAAAUGUUGCACAAGGUAAUGCAUAGUUGGGUUCCAUUACUGAGCAUACGUCUCUAAAACUUUGGUCUUCAACUAAUGUGUAUGAUUGAUAAUCUACGGCCAACAUUUUGGUAAUACUUUCAGUAAUCAAUUUACCAUUGGGGUGAUCUUUCGGAAGCUUUCUUUUUCUUUUGAAGCACUCUUGCAACUUUGUUUACAGGAAGGUUCACCUCUGUGUACAAAAUCAAGUUUUGAUUUGUUGUUUUUGCAUUCGUAAAAUUCUGUUGUAUAAAUAUUGAGGUGACGUAUUAGGCUUGAUGUUCAACCUGUAGGUGUUUUUAGUAUGUGCAUGUACUUCUUGCAUCUGGCAACAAACACAUAUAAAGUAUUAUUACAUUUAACGAUUGAAAAUAUUUCUAAUUAUUUUAAACCGCAGAACCUACCUUGGUGACCGAGCCAAUACUGUUGAACUCUUUGGUUAUUGCCAACCAGGCUUUGGUCUUUUUUGUGUUGGAAACUGCAUCUGUCUUUUUGUUUUCAAUCACGUUUUUAUAUCUUUCGACAAUUUGGAUCAAAGAAGACUUAUUGUCGGGAGUAAACCACACACGCUGUUUCAUAUCAUCCUCCAUUUUAAAUGUGAUUGUAAACAAAUUUGGUGGCGGAGGGAUAUUAUACACCUCUUGAGGCGCGCGCUCUCAUUCCAUGAAGUAUAACUGUUUAUAGCCUUGCACAAGUCCUCGUUCAUUAAAACGGCUGCCGAUCUGAUACUUUACAGGGAUUCAGUUAGAACACGUUUUGGAAUAUGACCCGAGAGUUAGGGUACGGCAGUUGCCCAACAAUGCAGUGCAUAUUCGCUACCUUACUCAAACGUCUUGGAAUACCGCCCUUAGUCAACUUAUUUAAUGUCAGAACCAAUUUCCUUACUGUAUAAAACUCGUGAAUUUUUCUCCACACGGCACCACAUGUAAAAUAAUCUACUUCAAUUAUUUUCCUAUGCUCUGUUUUCUUACCCGUCUGUGUUGAAAAAGCUAAACUGGUUUUGCUCAUUAAUUUCGCCUUACCUUCUGCUAGAAUUCGUCUGACUGGUGAUACUGAAACACCUGUAGAAGCACUUGUUGUUUCAGCGACAUUGUACCUCAAAUUUAUAUAACUGUUUUUGUUUACUGAGAUGUGUUGCAACAUUGUAAAAAAUCUCACGAGCUUGUCCCCGCACUGGCGUGCCAUAUUUAAUACGUGAUUUAAAUCCUGACGUAGAAGCCAUUACGUAGAUCGGUUCGUGUAAUACGGACUGCGAGACAGCGGCUCCAUUACUAACCCCCUCCACUUCCUGACGCGCUCAUCAUGUGACCGUCUGCUGGCAGUGAGAUCUGCGCAGGUUCUUUUCCUUGUUGUCGCACUAUAUCAACUAUUUUGAUAUGAGUACAAUCAAUGGCUCCAUCAAUACCUGGGAUGCCAUCAACACCACUAACCCUCCCUAGCAACACAAAUUGUUCCCUAUUAGCUGCUUUUGCUGCCGCUGUUGCUGGAAAUUUGAUAUGCUGUACAUGCAAUGUGCGAUGAUUCUCGACACUUCCUUUACAAUAUUGGAUGUGCUGGCUUGUGAAACACUGUCAAUGUCACCACAGACUAUCUGAAAAAUGAAAGAAAAUACUAAAUACUGUACCUAGCCCUUUAUAAGGCAGAGGGAAAUAUCUUCCCAUUCAAUAAUUAAUCGUGUAACAGGCCAAGGAAAUAUUAUUCCCAGUUGUGCAUUGUGCUGCUAUCUUAUGGUGUCCAGACAAACCAGUGUAACAUUAGGAAAGCGCGCAUAUAUACCUUCUAUUGUUGAUGUAUACAUUGUUCUAUGGCGACUACAGUAGUGUUGUGGAAAUGGAUAGCUGAUAUUUGAAGAUCAUGGCAUCUAAGAAAUUAACUUCAGAAGAAGCAUUAGCCCUAUAUUUUUCUUUGCCUGAAAAUGCAAGUGAAUCUGAAGAAGAUGGUGACACUUCAGAUGAAGAUGAACAUGAACCUUUUGUUCCAGUAACAACUAGAAAUGAAGCACAACAAUCUCCAUCUUCUUCGAGUGUCUGUGACCCAGGAACUUCUACGCAUACGCCUCAAACAAGAGGUUUUGUCCAGCAACAACAAAAAAUAAAUGAAAGCCAAGAGAGGGCAAUAACAAAGUCAGCAAAUAGGCCUACGUGCAGACAAACUCGUGGCCUACAACGAAAAUCAGAUGAAAUGUUAGAUGAAAAUCUAAGUAGGGUUAGUGCAGGCCAAGUUUCUUCAGAUUCAGAAUCUAGUGAGUCAGACGAGUGUGUAGUUCAGAGUAAUGAAGAAAUAUGGUCCCAGAAUGUACCCAGUUUUAUGAAUCUUUACCAGAUUUUAGUGUACCUGUGCAACCUAGAAUACAGUCCUUAUACUUGGUUGAGUGUAGCAGCCCAGGAGAAUUUUUCUGUGCCAUUUUUGACAAUGAACUCUUUGAGCACCUAGUGUCUCAAACAAAUACAUAUGCAAAGCAAAAACAGUUGGUCCCCUGGACACCAUGUUGUGUUGAGGAAAUGAAAGCGGUGUUUGGCGUGUUGUUGCUAAUGGCUGUUCAUGUGUUACCAUCAUUAGACCAUUAUUGGUCUUCAGACCCACUCUUCAGAGUUGAAUCAAUUUGUCAGACGAUGACUUGUAAAAGAUUUAAAAAAAUCUUAGAAGCAUUGCACUGUAAUGAUAACACAAAGGCCAAAAAGCGUGGAGAAGAAGGGUAUGAUAAACUGUACAAAAUACGGCCUGUAUUUUCUGUUCUUCGAUCUAAAUUUGUGGCACUGUAUACUCCUUCACCAUGUCACUCAAUUGAUGAGUGCAUGAUACUCUUCAAAGGGCGGUCUUGUAUGAAACAAUAUAUGCCGCUAAAACCAAUCAAACGUGGGUACAAAGUGUGGGCGAGAUGUGAUCCACUAACUGGUUUCAUGAGCGAUUUUGAUUUCUACACAGGUAAGGGAACUGAAGUACAUGAACAGGCAUUAGGUUCAACACUUGGUUCAAGAGUAGUUACUAAGCUCUGUUCCAGUUUGUUUGGCAGCCAACAACCUACUCUGAUUGUAUUCGAUAAUUUUUUUACUUCUGUAGAAUUACUGGAGAUACUGUAUCAGAAAAAUCUCUCAGCUGUGGGCACUGUUAGGCAAAACAGACGAUACUUACCACCACUACUAAAGAAGAAGAACAAGUUAGCAAAAGGAGAGCAUGUUUACUCAGUGAAAGCUUUUGUGUGUGCAAUUCAGUGGAAAGACAACAGGCAUGUAAACAUCCUAUCAUCUGCACAUAAUCCUCAAGAUAUUGUCGAAGUGAAACGUACACAGAAUGAUGGUACAAGAACUUUAGUCAAAUGCCCAAAAGCAGUAAGAGAUUACACUAUGUAUAUGAGAGGUGUAGAUCGUUUUGACCAGAUACGUGCAACAUACACUGUGUCACGUCGUUCCAGAAAGUGGUGGCACCGAAUUUUUUAUUUUCUGGUAGAUGCUGCACUUGUGAAUUCGUUCAUUUUGUACACACUUUCUGGUGACAGAGGUCAAAUUUCAUACAAACAUCUUGACUAUCAUAUCAGUGUUGCAAAGCAUUUGAUUGGUAAUUUUUCUUCUCGAAAACGGAAAGGUCCUAUUUCUGCCAACUAUUUGAAAAAACGCUUCCAUAAAGAUGGCAAACCCCUUGGAGUUCCUUUAGAAACUAGGUUUUCAAAUGUUGGUGUACAUCUACCUGUUGAAUUGGCAUCAUUCAGAAGAUGCAGACUGUGUUCCUCCAGUAAACACGAAAAAAGGACAAUAGUUGGUUGCAGUCAGUGUGAUGUACCACUCUGUAGUGUCCCGUGCUUUAAGACAUUUCAUACAAAGUGAAGAAUUUUGCUGGAACAUGAAAAAAGCAGUUAAGAUUUGUGUCUUUUUGUAGGCCAUGGGAAUAUUAUUCCCACUUGUUAAAUAUUUGAGCAGGACAUGGGAAAUAAUUUCCCAUGCUAUUUUGAAAAAACUAACGCAAAACAUUGUUAUAUAAGGGUUUUGUGUAUGAUACUAUUUCCACUGUAUUGUAAAUAAAGUAAUAAAACUGUCUAAAUAUAACAUUUCAUAGUACUGCCUUAUAAAGGGCUAGUGUACAUAUAUAUCUGCACACUUCACAUUCACUCCUUACCUGAUAAGACGCUGUUGCAUAUAAUCACAAACAUAGCAAGAGUUUUCGGACUGGUGCUAGUGGCAAACCUCGGUUCGAAUUGUGUAGUGUUGCCGGCUCAAUCUGAGGCAAUAUUAACAUGCAUUACUGCAUGUUUUGAAAAUCUGUUCCCUUUUUAUAAAUUCGUUAUCUGCCCACCACUCAAAGGGGUUCCUUGCAUCUCUGAUGUAACGUUUUCUCAGGCGAAAUAUGGGUACUUCACGACAAUUAUCAUCAUUGUGACAAUCAAAAUACAAGGGAUCAUCACGACAGACAAUACGAGUUAAAUCCAUUCAGAUCUGUAACUGAAGUCAUUCACAUACUUAUGUAGGUAACCAAAUACUGUACCAAUAAUUACAUUAUGAGAUGGUGACAUUAGCCGAGAUUUACUUCACAAUAUAAAAAUUUGAACAGCAUGUAAAAGACCAACAUAAAUUCAAAACGCCUACUUAGGAACCAAUUUGUGAAAACUUGAAGUUCUGAAAGCAUAAUUUACAACUAUGUAAAAUAAACUGUCACACGAGCUCACAUAAUUACGAUUCACUAUCACCUAUUCAAAUAAAGGUAAAGUUUUAUAUGUCCUGUAUAGGUAUAUUGGUUACAGUUGGCCUAUUACCAAAUAUUUUUGUGCAAUUAGUUAUUCACUUUGGCUGUUUAGGGGUUAGGUGGUUUAGGUUUGUUAGAUUGGAUAAAAAUAUAAUUAAAACCACAGGUUUUAGGUAACAGCCACGUAGGCUAUUGUAAUAUUCAUACAAAUCCAAAAUAACCUAACCUACAAAUGCCUGAGCUUGCAGUACAGUGGAACUUUUUCAAAUUCCACUGUGUGCAAACUUAAGAACUUGCAUACCAUAAAUAAUGCAAAAUAAAACCACUGUUUUCUAAUUUGGCUCAUUAGGGUUUCACAGUUUUAUUGAGCCUAUUCUUGUUUAUAUUUUCUCUUUAGUAGUUUACUGAAUCUUAUAAUCGUUGUUGACCUUAUUAUUUUAUUGGGGUCUGUUUCAGAACAUUAAUAAAUGGAAGAAAUAAAACGAAAAUUAAUACUUAUAUCACAAUAAAUAAAAAUAAAAUAGCUAAAUAUUGUCUCAAGUCACCUCACAACCACAAUUGAGUGAUACACGAUUUCCCGAGUUUUUGAUCUAACUUGAAAUUGGAUUCUGUAACUGUUAAUAAGCAGAAGUCUCAGGAGUCGACUAUUGAACAGCAAAAACAGGUUUCAAGAAACAAAAUUGUAAUUGUUACUCAGCUGAGAGUUAUCUCAGCAUACAUUUAAUAUUGUAUCUCAAGAGUCGUUUACUAAACAGCAUCUCCUCUCAAAACUAGUUUCAAGACCUGACUAUUGAUACGGCCCUGACAGUGACAGCUACACAACAGAACAUAUUCAUUUUUAUUUUAACUCACUAUGCUAACAAGAGGUGGUUCACAAUUGUGUACAACCAGUUUUUGUUUUUGUUUGUCAACAUAAUUUUUCAUAGAAAAUAUGUAACUUUAAUGUAAGUACUGCUGUCACCCGGCCUCUGUAGAAGGUCCGGGAAGUACCUGACGGGCGCUACGGGCGUCGCGAUGCUGCUGUUGUCCGGGAGGCGCCAGGCUAGUGGGACACUAGGCCGUUGGUACUCUGCCCCCGCGUGCCCUGCCAGGUACGCGGCUUGAAAUCUAUCCUGAACUUCCCUACUUGGUUGUGAGGCCGCUCGGCCGUGUGGAGGACGGAGUUGUGCGGAAUAAUCGUAAGCGACACAGUUUAUGUUGAAUUGGCGUUUAAUCCACAGACUUCUCCGGUGGUACUGUACUCCCUAUACAUUCACUACGCGGUGGCAGAACCGCUACAAAAACUAUGCGAAUGUGCUAUGCGGCGUCUGAGCCAUUGUACAGUUACAUUAACACACGCUGAUUACAGAACAAAACACGACACUAACAUAACACUGUGAAUUUGCAGCGGAAGUCUCGCGGGGGCGCGGUUACUAGUGCUCUGGAGACGGCCAGCACCAAAAGUUAACUAACUGUCUUAGGGGGGCUUGGUGAGCAUGAUCCUAAAUUACACUUUACACUUACGUGAGGUUGCAGCCGGCAGGCGUAUGCACGGCGGUCUUAGCGAAAGCGAGUUAGCUGGAGUCGGCCAGUGCUGUAAAUUGCGGGGUCCGCGACGCAGAACCAAAAUUCUUACAGGUACGCCUCAAAAAUUAGAAAUAGAAAAGAAACAAAAGAAAACACAGAAACCUGAGAAGGUAGAUUAAAUAUGACCUAAAAUUGCUGCAUCAAAAAGGCUCUAUGAAUCAAGUAGUGAAGAGGACACAGAAGAGUUGAGACUUCAAGAUACUGAUGAUGAUUUUGAUUCCAAAGGAGAAAUCAGAGCAACUGACUUACAAGAACAAUUAGAAUUGUAUAGUGUCGAAGUAGGUGAUUUUAUUUUGGUCCUGUGCAAAGGCAAAAAAAAAAAAUGCAUUUUGUGGGUAAGGUGUGCUCGGUAGAUGACAUUGCUAGCCCUUAACAUUUUGAAGUGACAUAUCUGAAGAAAAUGAUGAAAUCAGAUAACUUUUUUUUAUUUUCGAUGAACGUGCUGACAUUUAUGAAAUUCUUCCAGAUGAAAUUGCGUGUAAACUACCUCCUCCAAAAAUAGAACUAGCAAAGUCAAAAAGAAAGAAGUCUCAGUUAAGAUUUCCCGUCAAUUUCAGCAGCUUUAAUUUGGGUUGAAGUGAAAUUACAGAUUGAUUGUAUUCUGAUAUAGCUAGGCUAAGUAUUUUCAACUAAUUUUGAAAAUGUUUAAGUGAAUUAUCUUUGUGUUAUGUAAAAUGUUAUUAAUGACUAAAGCUGGUGGUAAA